UGAACUGAUGACACAGAGAGGGAAGCCUUCUAUAUGCAGGGGAAUUAUAAGGACAUUGAAACAGCAGGAAUCAGUUCAAAUUAACACCUAAAAAAGGCAUAAGACAUAAAAAUGGAGAAGUUAUUCUGCAAACUCCAUGUUGAAGUCAAGCAUCUCAAUAAACUCGGAGCUGCAGAUGUUCUUCAGAUAACUGAACAUUCAUUACAGUCCCAUGAGUUUUAUUCUGAAGAGGAGCUGAUUCAGACUUUCAUACAAAAACUACUGAUGAUGAACUACAGAGCAAGAUACAUUAAAACUAAAGAGACCAACAAACAGGAUCAAACACAACAAACAGACAACGACUUAUCUGAAGAAGAGACUGAUAUUUUUGAUGAUGUUUUCGGAAACAUCUCUCCAUCAGACAAAGCAUCAAGUCAGUCUGACCCUGUUCACCCAAUGGAUGUUCAGAUGGCUGUGUUUCAUUGUGCUGAUGGUUUCCUGAAGCAGCUGAUGGUGACUAAACUGUCCCAGUGUCAGUACGCUCUGCCUCUGCUUGUUCCUGAUCCAUUCACACAACAGAUUGAGUUUCCUCUCUGGACAUUCAGACAAAUCAACAAGAGCUGGAAGAUGAGAAACACCAACAAUGAAACCAUCAGUCAAACCCAGCCGGUCUACAAGGCAGAAACUCCAAUGGUGUGUUUCUUCAGGUUUGGCUCUGUGUCUUCAUCCAAGUCUCAGCUGAUGAACAGUCUGAUCAAUGAGAAACACAACACGUUCUUCCACAGGAACUGCCCAGGCAGCAGCAGAACCAGAGAACUGAUGGAUGGAGUGGUGGAGAUCGCCUGGUACUGCCCUUCUGGGAAAAACACAGAUAAAUUCACUGACUGUGUUGCAUUCUGUAAUCUACACGGUGAUGCAGGAAAACAUGAGAAACAGCUGCAGAUCCUCACUGAAAUGGCCUCAGUCAAUGUUGUUCUUCUACCAAAACUGGACAAGUAUGACAGAAAUGCAUCAAUAAUUAAAAACCUCUACAAAGACAAAAAACUACUCAUUUGUCUUUUUACUGAGGAUAAAUCUACUGUAAUUGAGAUGAAGAAAAGGAAAUUCAGAAUUGGUCUAAAAGGCAGAAAUCAGUCAGAUGUAUCUGAAGAACUCAGAAGAGUUAUAAAUGCUUGUCUCUUAGAAUCGUCUUCCACUUUCAGACUUGAAGAUGUGUCCAAACGCUCAGAUAUCAGAGUAGAUGAGGAAGAUGAUGAUGACUGCAGGAGAGGAAGAGAAGCAGCACAUCAGAUGAUGAGUUUACUGGGGAAUAAAGAUCUGACAGAAAUAAAAGAAUCAUUUCUGCCUCAUCAGGGGAAACUGUGGCAUCAGUGGUGUCAGAAGAACAAAGAACUACAUCGACCUCGAGAAAAGACAGAAAUGGAAAUAAGUAGAAAAAAUAUAGAAAUCCGUCACCAGCAGCAUGAAUUUCACAUCAGUGACUUCAUAAAGUGCUUCAUUAAAGAAAUGAACUCAUAUGAUCAACAUCAGAAGAUGUUUUUCCUCAAAUGGCUCAGAAUUCUCCUGGAUGAACAUACAUCAGCUGAUCUUUCUGCUCUACACCACAAGUAUGAUGUAAAGUGGUCAACAGUCUUACAACUGAAAGAGAAACAUGACAAGUCAGAACAACUUAAAACUGAACAAACUAAGCUUGAGAGAAUAUCUGAGGAACUUCAGGCUGCAGCCUUUGGUUUGGAGCACAUCAUGAGGGAGAUCGGUCAGAUCUAUGAAUCAUGUUCAUCUGUGAAGAAGAACAAGAAAGACCUGCAGUUUGACUUAUCUUCUCUCCCGAGUCUUGCAGCAGAGAUGAUGAUCUCUGGAUUUCCACUGGAGCUGAUGGAUGGAGAUGCUGCUCAUAUUCCUGUGAUCUGGAUCUCUGCUGUUCUAGAUCAACUCAUCCAGAAACUGGGAGACCAGAGAGUCUUUGUGCUGUCAGUUUUAGGGCUUCAGAGCUCUGGGAAAUCCACCAUGCUGAACGCCAUGUUUGGUCUCCAGUUUGCCGUCAGUGCUGGCCGGUGCACCAGAGGAGCUUUCAUGCAGCUGGUCAGAGUCUCAGACGAGAUGAAAACACAACUGAACUUUGACUAUAUUCUGGUUGUUGAUACUGAGGGUCUUUGUGCUUCAGAACUGGCUGGAAGAUCAACAAGACAUCAUGACAAUGAAUUGGCCACAUUUGUUGUAGGUCUUGCAAAUUUAACGCUGAUCAACAUUUUUGGAGAAAACCUUGCUGAGAUGCAGGACAUUCUUCAGAUUGUUGUUCAGGCCUUUCUGAGGAUGAAGAAGGUCAAACUGAAUCCCAGCUGUGUGUUUGUGCAUCAGAACGUUUCAGACAUCACAGCUGGAGAGAAAAACAUGGAGGGAAGGAGACGACUGCAGGAGAAACUGGAUGAAAUGACAAAACUCAGUGCUGAAGAGGAAGUCUGUGAAGCAGAAUGUUUCAGUGAUGUCAUUAAAUUUGAUGUUCAGAAUGAUGUGAAGUAUUUUGCUCCGCUUUGGGAGGGAAACCCACCCAUGGCACCACCAAACCCAAAGUACUGUGAAAACAUUCAAGAACUAAAAAAAACUAUUAUUUCUCAUGCUUCAAAAUCACAUAGAAUGAGUCUGACACACCUCAAAGAUCACAUCAAAGAUCUCUGGGAGGCUUUACUGAAGGAACAAUUUGUCUUCAGCUUCGGAAAGUCUCUGGAGACUGCAGCCCACAGGAAACUAAAGAAUGAAUACAGCAAGUGGUCCUGGAGUCUUCAGAGUGCCAUGCUGGAAAUUGAGAACAAACUGCAAAAUGAAAUAAAAAAUGAAGCAAUUCAUGAAGUUGAGGAAACUUAUCUUCAAAGGGAACUGAACAAGACAAGUAAAAAAGUGAAAAAAUCAAUGUCAGAAUUUUUUGAGAAAGACGCAUAUGCAGAAAUACUGAUUCAGUGGAAAACAUCCUUUGAAGCCAAAAUCAAAGAGCUUCAGGGAAACAUUGUGAGAGAAACAAAAGGGAAAUUAAAUGAGAUUCUUCAGCAUCGAGAUCUGAAGAAAAAGAAUGAAGAGAGGAAACAACUUGAAAACACUCUCAUUGAAAAGAGCAAAGAACUUGCCUUAAAACUCAAAGACAAAGCAAAUGAUGUAGAAACACUGAAGAAGGAGUUUGAUUUGAUUUGGGAAAACAGUGUGAAGAAGAUCAUCACACAUACUGACAUACUGAAUGAUGUGACACAGGUUCUCAGUUGCUGCAAACAGGGCAACAAGUACAACAAUAUUCUUGAUGUGACAAAUUACUCUGAAUAUGUCAUUCAGGAGUCUUCAAAAAAUUGCACUAAACAAGAUGUAAAGGAGUCAACUCUUACUCCAGAAGAUGAAGCCCAAAUAAGAUCAUUUGUCAAAGAUGUUGUUCACAAGACAGUCACAAUGAUUCAGUCAUUUAAGAUUUCAGAGAAGGGCUACAACAUCAAGUACAUUCAACAACUGGCAUGUAACAUCAAGAAGAGUGUAAAAGAACAUCAGAAAAAAUGUGAGAAAUAUGAAUUUCAGGAAGAAUUCUUUGUGGAUUUGGUUUAUUUCAUCUGUAACAGAGCAAACAAGAUUUUUAUUUACCAACACAGACUGUUCAGGGAAGCCAGGGAUCCCGAUCUCUAUACAGAGAAGAGAGAAGAGUACUAUAGUAUCUUCCAGAAACACUAUCAUGGAGCAACAUGGAUUGUCAGAUUUGGUGAAAUCAUCUGUCAGAAACUUAAAGGCCUCAGUGAGCAGAGUGUCUACAAGAACACCGCUAGAGAACUGACGGAUGAAAUGAGAUCAAACUGUGAAUCGCUGAAUGGAAGCAGAUCAAAUCUGGAGAAACACAUCCUGAAGACACUGGCAGAAGAGGAGGAUUUUGACAAAUACAUGAACUACAUUCAUAAACCCAGAGAUCACUUCAAGAGUUUCAUCAGAGAUGAAGUCAGUCGGUACAUCACUGAUCAGUUCAGUGUCAAUGUUUUACCCAAGAUGAAGGAGAACAUUGAACUCCUGCAGCAGAAGAUCAUGAAAGCAGCUCAUCAAUCUACUGAACAUGUUCAAGUCAACAGUGGAGAUGUUGGUUUGUGGUUGAAGAGUUUCACACAGCAGCUCUCAGAUGAGCCGAUCUUCUCUGAAAAAGACCUCAGUGGAGUCAAACAUGAUGAUGUUGAUUUCAAACUCCUGGAAGAUGUGAUACAACAAGAACUUCCUGCUGUAAUGUCUGAGAUUAGCAGUAGAUUCAACAGAAAGUCAUUUCCAGUAAAUCUGGACUAUAAAUUCAGACCAGAUGAGCUUCUGAUUGAUCAUUUCUGUCAGUGCUGUUGGGUUCAGUGUCCAUUCUGUAAAGCCACCUGCACUAAUGACACAGAAAACCAUGAAGGAGAUCACAGUGUUCCUUUACACAGAGUGACUGGAAUUGAUGGACUGCAUUUCACAGACACAGUGAAUCUCUGUGCUGAUAUUUGCACAAAUUUAUUGGCAAGUGAUCUUAAUUUUAACACACCCUGUGGAUGGUCAAAUUUUAGAGAUUACAGAAGAGCAGGAGGAGUUUAUGCAGACUGGAGCAUCACCCCUGACCUCUCUGAACUGCCCUACUGGAAGUGGUUUGUGUGCAGAUUCCAGAAAGAUCUGGAAAAAUACUACAAUAAAACAUUUGAUGGACAGGGACAGAUCCCAUAUGAAUGGAGAACAUACUCAAAACAGGAUGCUAUUGACAGUUUACAUAAACUUUACCUGGGCAGUGGACACUGAAUGGAGACUCUCAGAUUCUCCUCAGAUCACAGUCAAAGGUGACUUUCUAUUACAUUCUCAGAUGAGCAAAGCUCAUACACUAGAAGAGGAUUAAAGAAGAAGAAAAAAUCAGUAAACAAUACUGUGAAAUUAUUAAAACAACAUAUUUCUGAACACAGGUCUAAUUAAUAAAACUAAACAUAUUUAUGAUCAAAACUGCUUAAUCUCAGUUAUCAUCCAAAAGAAGACAUUCAUAAUAGAUUGCUGAUGACAUAAAAUAAACAUGUGAAUAUAUAAACAUGAGGCGACAUUACAAAAGCUCAAUGCUUGUAAUCAGAUGGUUGGAGUAAUGUUAAAGUCUACGACCUGUUGAUCUCACCGAUAUACAAAUCAAUGGGAAAAAAGCAAAUUGAUUCAGAAUGCAGCAUCACGCCUGAACACUCUUUUACGGAUCUAUAUCCCCUUCAGAGAUCUACAAGUGAGCGAUGCCUAGUGGUACCAUCACAGAGAGGUACAAAAUCACUUUCCAGAACAUUUUCAUUCAUUAUUCUUUACUGCUGGAAUGAUCUUCUUAUUCAGAAUGCAGAAUUUCUGACAAUAUUCAAGAGACAGCAGUAAACUCCUCUUUUCAACUGUAUCCUAUUAAAAAAAAGGCUUCCACAUUUCCUUAAUCCCUCCCUAUAUUAAUCCGAACAAUGUCUGAAACUUUGUAUUACAAGCACUUCUUGUGUUUAUCUGCCUCUUUAUGAUGAUUUGCUUGUUGUUACAUUCCUCAGUUGUUGUAUAUUCCUUUGGAUAAAAGCAUAAAUGUAAAUCCAGUACUUCACUCAAUACAAAUAAUGUCAACAACAAUCAAGACACAAUAAAAUAAUUUGUUAAAAGGACCCUGUCAAAUGUCCUUCUACACUUAUUUUACAUGUAUUUGUUACAUGCCCCUUUUGAAUCCAGAGGUAGGAAGAGGUGUAACUAGAAUAGUGGGGAGAGAAUGAGAGAACUGCCGUCUCCAGGUCCCAGGGCAGAUACACAAAAUGCUCAGCAACACCAGUUUCAAAACAACACUAGAUAUUUUAUUAAAUAAACUGUGGG